AAUUCACUGGCACAGUGGCACUGCAACUUUUGGUCGAUUCGGACGUAUGCGCUGCUCUUCUCCUCCGAGACUCAUUACCUGUCGCUAUCGCGUGUGUUACCUGUGCCUGUAUUUCGGAUUUACAGUUACCAGCAAGUUAUGUGCGCUUGAAUGCCAAAUUUAAUUGCCGCUCUUUGCAUGUUUGCCAGCAGUAAUUUGAAAACGUUUUCGAAAAGCGAGUAAAGAUAAAAAACGACUUUCGUUUUUCCCAACCCCCCGAACUUUCAUUUUUCUUGCUCGUCCGUCGGCUUGCCAUUGAAAAAAGUGUCAAAACUCAGGUGCUAACCAACCGAAAUAUCCAUAAAAAUUAAAUUAAGUUGUGAAACGCGUGUGUGACUUGGUCAGUUUUUGGAUUAUGGCUCUCAUGGACACCGCCUGGCGUUGUCGCCUCAUGAUCUUUGGCAUCGUCUCCCUGCUGCUGGUGGGCGAUCUCUUUGGAUAUGGCGGCGGCAUGAAGUCCAACCACCCCGAUCCGCACUCGGUGAGAUCGGGGGGCGGCGCGGGGGCGGGUGGUGCCCCAACGGGUCCGGCGGCUGCAGCGGCCAGCAAGUUCCAGCCGAAGAAUGCCGAAAUCGAUAUAGCUGAAGAGCACGAUUUCAAUGAGCUCUCGGCAGCGGCUCAAUCCCUGAAGCCGGGAAUGGCAGUCGUCACGGGGGCGAGUCUGAAGACCAAGUCCCAGCUCACGGACACCAUCAAGGAGUCGUGUCUUCCGAAGAUGCUCUGCGAACUGGCCUCCAAGCCGGAAUACCAACUCAGCGAAAAGGAGCGGGAAUUGCUGAGACUGAUCAGAUCUCCAACAAUGCCCUGGAUGAUGAACAUGCCGCCGAGCAAAUGGUAUUUCGCUGCCCACAUGGGCGAACUAAUGCGCCACACGGGCGAUAAUCUCAGUGGACCGAUGGGAUGCGCCAACCUCUGGCCGAACUGCCCGAUCAGUUCCAAGAAGCUAAUGAAACUCAGCUACAAAGUGAGGGUCUAAGGCUGCUCGGCUGCCAGACUCCCGAAAUCUGUAUCUUAAGUAUUAGGUAUAGCCACCUCAACUUUUGUACCAUAUGUCUUCACCAUUGGAUUACCUUACCAUGUAAACUAUCUUAUAUUUAGAUUAGACCUUAGUCCCGACUUGACUGAAGUGACUGUAGAACUGUAUCGGCUUGUAUCCACCUCUGGCUACGAGUCCUAGGUAGUUUGUAAUUAAUAAGUGUGACUAGUCACGACCCGAUCUAGCAUUACGUCUAGCCUAAGUACGAUGCUCCUGAAGUUGUUAAUAAAUUACGCUCUUUUGUGCAUACUCCCUAA